CCUGCAGCCCCGCACCUGGCGCAGCCCUUGGACCCACCAUGUCGACAUAACCUAGAAGGGCAGUCCCUCGUCCCGGCGGAAGAGAGGGCUCAACGGCCGGAGAUGUCGCAGCAAGAUUACGUGCACGCGUGCCAGAGGGCAGAGCUGCUGGGCCUGCCGACCCCCAGUGAAGAGGAGUGGACCAGGACGAGGAAGGAAGAGGCCCAAGACGACGGGCGCCAGGAAAACGAGGACAAGACUAUAGAGAAUUUGGACCAAUCGGACGAAAGCGCACGGCGCGUCGGUGGCGGGUUAGAUGAAUUAAACAGCAUCCUUAGUGCAACGCAAAAGAAGAUCAACAGGUUUAAGACGGUAUGCGGAAGUCUGGGGACCCUCCUGAAGGUGCGCGUGGCGUCGAGGUCGAACACGCCGGAACAUAAACCAUCAAAACCGAAUGGAGAAGUGGCCGAAACAAAGGAAACUCCUAACCCUGAAGAGAACAUGACCAUCGAAACGAGUGACAACCCUGAAAAUUCCGAAAUCACCCCGGAAACCAACCCUGGGUCGAUUCCCCAGAAGAAGGUGGACAUCAACGAGAAGAUGGGGUCCCAUCUCGAUAAGCUGGAUUCCCUUAUCUCAAAAGCCGAAAACGCUCAGUACAGUAUGCAACACCAGUCGAAGCAGAUGAAGAAGUUCUUGAAGUAAAUCUCAAGCACCUCAAUUAAUCCUACGAAUAAUCAAGAUCGAAUCGAAAUUCAAGCAUGAUAUUCGCUGUUAUGGACGAGCUUCUUUACAAUUCAUUAUAAUGGAUAAUGUCAUCGAUCCUCGGAUGUCCUAGAUCAUUUUCUAAUCUAAAAUCAGGUGAAGGGAAUGACGUAUUAUUUUUACCUCUUUGUUAAGAAAAUCGAAAAUCGACGGUAAUGUUCACGCUUCUCGGAUAUUUUUAUUUAGAAAGUAGAUUAUUGGGAGAUAGCUCCGAGAAGCGCAUACAUUUUUACAUUAACAUUUGCGCCAAAUUUCACUAUGAUGUUCGUAAUCGGUGAGUUAAAAUAUGUAAAUUUACGGAGUUUCGAAUUAAUCGGAGGUGUGCGCUUAUCGAAACUUGACCCGAUAAUUGCAUUCAUUUUUGGAGAUGAAUAUUUCAGAGAAAUUAGAUGAUGUCAUUGUAAGCGGUAUUUCUCCUCAUCUAGGUUAUGUUGAGAAGUUUGAUACCGUUUUCAUCUCGACAUAGGUGUCAUUUACAUAGCUUUGUACGUAAUUCAGGUGACUCGAUGGUUCUUCAAUGUCCGCUUCGCUUGGAUGAAUAUUUAACGGUUUAACGAUCCGCUGUUUGAAGCAAAUUUUCAGAAUAUAAAGUACCUCUAUGAUGUAGAGAUGAAUUAUAAUUCAUGGUAUGCGGCUUGCAGAAAUCGGUGAAAAUGGCGAACACGUACUUGACACGAAUUAGAGAGUGAUUCUUUGAUUUUAUUUUUGGACACAUUUGUUGUUGAAAUUUAAAAAUGCAGUUUUGUUUUUUUUUUUUUUGUUAUUUCAGGGUAAUUUACUUGGCCGUGGGUGUCAUCGAGAUUAGGUAUUGGAUUUUUAGUACAUCGAUGAUACUGCUCAAUAAAUCAUGAGGAUUGUCGAAAUUUGAAAAUGAAUUUUUGUCGGAUAUUUCGAAACAUCGGAGAACUACUUUCGAAGGUCUAUUCAAGAUGGCGGAUUUGCUCUUUGCGUAUUCCUAUCUCGAUUCCGAGAUUUACAGCAAUUAAUUGCUUGUAAAUUGCAGUCAAAGUACGAAACUAUUAUUUGUACCGAUUUACGAGGAACGGAAAUCAGCGAUUAAAGAGUAAUCAGGUUACUCCAGAGUUCGAGGUGACGGUCGAUAAUGCAAGACGUAAUGGCUUGAAUAUAUUUAGACUCGUAAUUAGAUUAAUUGACGGAAUACUGUUCUCUGUCCGGGUCAGUCCUGAAAUUUCUGUACCGAGUUCAGACUCAAUGAUUACUUGUUUUUCCGUAUUACGUUAAAUUUACCACGAAGGUAGGUCGCUCAAAAAAAAAAAAAAGGAAACUUCAGUCAUCUCGCGACAUUGGAUUAAUUACCAUUGAUUAUAGACAUUUCUCCCUUAUAGAUAUGUUUAUUAUCAGAGUAUCGUUAUCAUUAAAACGAAGCGUACGGAGGAUAAUCCCAGAUUAAAGAGAGUAGAAACUGUAAAUUGUAAAUAGCUUUACCUUGCCUUAUCAUCAUUUGAUAGUUCGUUAUCAUUCGCUAAAAAGCUUACAAGGAAUAUUUGUUGCUUACUUAUUUUUUUCGGAAUUGGAAAGCUUUUGCUUUUAAUUUUUUGUUUUUAUGUAAUACGAUGGUGAAUGUAAAUGAACGCAAAGAGAUUUAAUUCGAGUAAUGUUAACGCCUGCUUUUUAAUGUAUUUGGCGCGAAACUCAACCGAGUUUCCUGAUUAGAACGUCGAAGACACGUUUUGUUGAAAAUGAUUCGGAGAGAGUAAAGUGCUUGUACAUUGUCGUUAGCGAAGUAAUUGCCAUAAAUGUUUACAUUGUAAUUUACGAAAUAAUUAGCGUGACUGGCUCUUGCAGUCAUUGACGAAACGGGUAUACGGUCAGCCAGGAAUCCUGUAUUUAAUAUUUUAGCAGCAUACAUUUCAGACGGUCUCUCAAGUUUCUGUACGAAUUACUUGAGAAUGAACGUCAUUCAGUGCCUUCUUUAAGUUUACUUAACAAUUGCGUCAGCGCUCGAAACUGUUAAAGCGCUUAGAAGGCAAAAUCCGAACCGUUGCAAUCAUUCCUGCAGUUGAUAUUCUUGUAAUUAAAGUCAUCGUUGUAAUCAUUGUUGCUAAAGGUGUUACUAUAUCGAGCGGUUGAUACUGUUAUUUUCGCCGCCAGUAAUCUGGCAUUAUUAUAAAUAAUCAAUGUAGAAAGUGCAUAUCCGAUUUCCAACGUUCAAUGUCUCUACUAAUUAACCGAAGGGUUGAUACAAUCGUAAUCGUACUUCGACCUAGUGGGAGCGAUACUCUCCCUCAAGGGAGAUACAAUACUUUUUGAUAUAUAAUAAAAUGAGAUAAUUAAAAGUAUUCCUCGAUUAACAAUUUCAAAUGUAGUGCCAACGAACAUUCGAUUUACAGGGUGCUAUGACGUAGUCAAAUUAAUCACUCGUACUGUACACCGGAAUGUAUAACUCAACGGUGUCUGUAUAGAUUUUCGAUAAAAUACCGAAAGUGUACAUAAAUCCAAUCGAACUGGAUAAUGUGGCAAAAUUUGUAUUAGAUUUAAUAUUUCAACUCACCGUACCGAUACUCUAGAUUUCACUUUUAGCUAUAUUUGUCCAUCUACUCUGUGUCAGAUGUUUGUCAAUAUUUUUUAAUCGAUUUUUAAGGAAAUGUUGUCAACGAUGCGUGUCAAUUUUUUCUGUGAUAUUGCCUUCUAUUUCACAGUGUAUCGAAAGAAGCUACGAUGACUGUAUCUAAUCGUAUUGAUUUCAUCGAAUCACUAUAAUUUGAUUAGUCGUUCAAUGGAAUAAAGGCAAUUCGCAGGGAAACCAUGCGGUGUAAAGCAGGCAUUUCCACCUUGAAAUUUAAUUUACGGUUUAAUACGUUUCCGCGGGUUAGUGGAAAUACACCUUUAUCGGAUUUAAAUUAUUGACACAUGGUUAAGUUCAUCCAAAGGUGAAGAUUUCAGUCCUCGAUGCUCUCGAUUAUAUAGUGCUUGCGAUAAUAUUAAUAUAUCCAGAUAACUGAAAUUCAUAAAACGGAUUAAUAAAUCUAAAACUUACAGAUGUCAUUAUCAUUAGGUUUAGAUUAGGUUUAUAAUUGAGUCAUGAGUUACAAGGCAUUAAAAGGAAUAAAUUUACGUGGAGUGCUGGAAACAAUUUCAUAAAUCAUUUGAACUGAUUUUUUCUGACGUAUUCGUGAAACGGAGGAAAAGUGGGGCAUCACUUUCUAGUCAAUCUUUCUACUGGAAUGUCCUUGAAAAAUGUCUGUAAAAGGAAAUAAAAUGCAAAAGACAGUGAAAUGUUUAAGAAAGUGUCUUCAGAAAGACUUUCUAAGAAUUGGGUAUCGAGAACACUUCCGAUGCAUAAUGCAAACCGUAAUUUUCUCUUGGACAUUUCCCUCGGCUACAAAAAUAUUCUAAUUUUAUAACACUUCCGUUGAAGGUUUUAUUUAGACAUGGUAGACUAAUUUUAUAAGACAUUUUCAAAGUAAACUUGUGUUAUCAAUUUGCACAAUGCCAAGUGUGUGGAAAUAUGUGUGAGAAUUUAUCGGAUAUAUACGAAACAUAUAAAAUUGUAUUAAUGUACUUUUAGCGAUACAUUUACCCAGUUACACUUUAAACUCUGUAAACAUAAUCUUUUGAUGUUAACGUAUGCUAUUAUCAUUACGAUAAGAGAAAUGUUGUAAAAUGAGCGAUCCGAUCGCGCUAAAACGUCCUGUGAUCAAUUUUCUUGUACCCAGUCUGAAAAUGUUUGUACGGGCAGAGCAUUUUCCAUUAGGAAUUUCAAUUAUGCGACAAUAUUACUAUCAAUAUACUUCCUUUACUCAUUUAAUUAACGUUAAACAUCCAGGUCACGAAAUUCCAUUUUUUUAAAUACUACGACACGUUUCCCUUGGGAAAGUAAAAGCAUCGAUCUUGGUGUCUAAAUUUUCUACAUGUAACAAAAGUACUUAAAAACGGAAUUUACAAAUUAGUAAGGAUAUUUACACGCAUAAUCACGGUGUACUGCAUGUUUAUUUGCGCGAAGUACAAACACAUUCGAUGGAAAGAAGUGCUUCUUCAUAUAGAAAGUGAAAUGAUUUGCGGAGUCAUUUUCCUUCGAGUGCUUUGGACUCGAAUGCCUUCUAUUGUAUAUGAAUAAUGUCAGCUUUCUACGACAUGCAAUGCUUCAUGCAUUAAUGUUAUAUAUGUACACUUCUAGGUGUGCAUCUAAUUGCAAGUGCAUCUAGUCAUUCGUUGAUACUUAGGCAUCGUAGAAGUAUUUUUUAAGUGCGCUGUUUUUCAAACUCUAUCGUCCUUUUUAUAUAAUUGUUCAUGGUAGGUCUCAAAGCAAUAUACA